CAUGUCACAUGCUGCACCCGGAAAACAAUACAGGAUAAAUAAUUGUUAAUUUCUGUGUCAUUUUGGUCUCUUGUGGAGAGUUAUCUCAUAGGCAAUCAUACCACAUCUUCUUAUCUUUAGAAAGCAUGAAAUAUCUACAAACUCAAAAUUCUGUUUUCGUCAUUCUUCUCACCUACAUAUCAACAAGAGUUUACGGACAAAACCCGGCCCCAUUAUGUACAUUCAAAACCCAUAAAACGGCACAAUCUGAGAUGAACAAGAGGCUACAACCAUUGCUUGGAAGAGUAUUUGAGACAACAGACUUUGAAAAUCUGUACAGCUAUAAUAUUGGUAUAUGUGUGAAUGCUGAUCCACAAAAACAGUUUGGGGAAAAUGUAGGAGUUGUACAAAAUCUAAUUAGAGAUAGAUAUCCUAAACAUGGGAUUAUUGGCUAUUACAAUAACUCCCAGCUUAUAGAAGGAACUGACUGGUUAAUAUUAGAAUAUUUAGAUGGACAGCCAUAUGCUAACCACUGUGGACAUGAACCAAGGAAAGCCAGGAUAAUGAUCACAUGUGAUAAUAAUGUCAAAUCUGGAGAAGAAACAGUUAAAAUCUUUGAAGAAGAAAUUGAAAAAACAGAGGAUUGUUAUUACUUGUUUGAGAUAUCAACUCCUGACAUUUGUAUAAAAGAACCACCAAUAACUAUUAGUCUCAGUGUUGGCUCCAUAUUAGUUAUCAUAUUCAUUGUGGUUGUGUGCCUGUACAUCCUAUUAGGAUUUCUGUAUAACAGACUGGUACUUGGAGCUAAAGGCAAAGAACAGAUACCUAACUACAGUUUCUGGCAGGACUUUGGCAACUUACAAGCUGAUGGUUGUAACUAUAUUUGUCGUACUGGAAGUAGAUCAGAAUCUAAACCAUACAAAGGUUUAGGGGAUGACCAGCUACAGGAAGAAGAUGACCGCGAUGACCAUUUACUGCCGAUGUAAAAUGCAGUUGUUUAUCGUUGAUUGUGAAACUACUUUUAUCUGGAGAGUUGUCUGUCAUGAAAAGUAUUUAUAGACCUAUCAACAGAUCAGCUCAGGAAAAGAUUCUAUAAAGAUACAGCUAAUGGCCUAUAAUGACCAAACUGGAUCCAAGUUAAUUUCAGCAAUUCUAACUAUGGAAGGGUACCAGUGUUAGGGGCAAAUAGCUGAGUGUUGAUAUGCCUAUUUAUAUCCAGUUUGAGCUUGGAAUUAAGGAAAUGUUAUAUGCUGUGAUAAAAAUAUGUGUUUUGCCGAUUGAACAUUCCAAAUUAAAUUAAUCUUUAGUAUUAAAUCUAAAAUGGGUGUAAAUAGCAAAAAAAAAAGAAAAAAAAGUCAUAGGAUCUUAUACAAAAUAUUCUGUCCUAGUUCAUCGAAAAUCUUUUUUUUCAUGGUGGUCCUUCAAGAAAAUCUGCUGGUCCUCACUAUUAUUGCAAAAUACCAAAAUUGUGUCUGUCCUUUGCCAAAGUUUGGUGGUGAAAACCUUCCGACCACCACUUUUUUAGAACUCUGUUCUGUAAUCAUAAUAGAUGCUAAGAUAUCAGGUGUAUUUUAGUUUAAACAAGUUAUUAAUAAAUUCUUCCUGUACAUAGAGGGAAGUAAAAUACAAUUCAACAAUCAGUACAAAAAUAAAAUUAAGAAAACAGAGCAGAUUUUUCUUAUAAAUUAACCUCACAGUGACACACCAAAUUUUACUAGAUAUAUUUAUUUAACUGAGUAAAGUUUUUUAAGGUUUGUUAAGAAAAGACAACACCUUUAAAUUUUUCGAGACUUAAUCUGUUGAUUUGAAUAAUAUUCAUCUGCGCUAGCUAUUAUAAAGACUUAUGAUCUAGUCCCCUCCUCUCCACCCUUGGUAGAUUAAGCCAGAAUUUGUUAAUAGAAUGCUGCAUCAUUAUGGAGAGGAGAGAAUUAGAUCCUAACCCUUGGCUAGCAAAGAUCAAUAUUAAUAAGCAAAAAAAACAAAAAAAAAACAAUCAGGUUGAGAUUUCUUUUGAAUCAGUUAAUUUUUGCAUUCAUGUUAAAUGUGUGUAUUCAUUUGUGAAGUAAGUAAGGUGUGAAGUAAGUAAGGUGUGAAAUAUUAGAGUAUCAUUACUGCACAUUUGUACAUUGAUGUUCUCCCCACAAAUUUCAUAAACAUCCAUAAAAUAUAUGGGGCACUAAUUUAAUUAUUCAUCAUGUCACUUUUAUGACCGGAAAUGUGUGGCUGUUUAAGGCAAAUGUUCAGGUCAAAACUGAAAAGAUCGCAUGAACUUCAAUUUUUUUGUCUGAACUAUGUUAUUAAAGUGUCCGUUUCAUCUUCAACACAACAAGUCAUUUAUAUAAUUUAUCGUACUUGUCCGGAAAAUAUGACCGUUUUGGAAGCACUGGGGCCGCCCCACUAAAUAUCAUAUCACAUACUGUGGAUUCAUUUAUUUUAGUGGUUACCAAUUUUCGUGGAUUGAGGAAAAAUUGUAUUUUGGUAGUUAUUUGAUUUUAUGGUUUUGCCAAAGACUGCAUACAAGCCUAUAGAAAAUUUGUAUGUGUACUUCAAAAUUCAUGGUUCUUCUUCAUCCAAAAAAUCCACAUAAAAUAAUGAAUCUACAGUAUCAAAUAUCAUAUUGUUGUAUCACUUCACAUUUAGAUAUAUUUUUUGUUGUUGUUGAGAAUACAUGAAUGAAUGUUACUAGAUAAAAUAUAUAAUUAAUGAUAUAAACGUUUUGAAAGAAAAAACGUUGAUAAAUGAACAAAUGCACAUAUUAUAGAUAUUUUAACAAUAUGUUUUUAGUGUGAGUGGGUACAAUAAGAAUAUAUAUAUAUGUUUAUUUGCUAUUGUGUCAUUAUUGGUCAUUAUUGUUUCUAUUGUGUCAUUGUGUAACAAUGAAAAUUUUACAAUCUUCUUUCUCCGAGUCUCCUAUUACCAUGUCAAGUAACAAUCAUUUAUAUAUCAGUUUUUAGUCCACUACCGACGAAGUCAAAGGGGACUUUAGGUUGGCACUCCGUCCAACAGUCCGGCAAAUAAGUUUUUCACACUUUUUUUCUUCGUGCUUGAAGAUAUUGAUUUGAUAUUUGGUGUAUUGUUUUAUCAUGACAAGUUACAGAUCAAGUUCGAAUUUUGUUCCGGUCUGAUGAUUUUGUGCAGAGUUAUGGGCCUUGGACUUAGAAAAUUCACUCAAAUAAUCAGUUUCCACACCUUUUUUCAUCAUGCUUGAAGAUAUUGACUUGAUAUUUGUUAUAUAGUUUACACCAUGACAAGUUAUAGAUCAAGUUAGCAUUUUGUUCCAGCACAAUGAAUUUUUAACUGGUAGGGGACUAUGUAUUGCAUGGCAAUACUCUCAGAAUGCUAGUUGAUUUGACCUUUUGACCCUGUUUAUAUUUCCUCUAUUGUAAAUACACAAAUUUUUGCAAGCAUUUAUAUUGUGAUUUUUUGCACAAUGGACAAAAUAUAUUGAGAUUGAUUAUUGCGAUUUCAGGUAAUGCUGCAUAAAAGUAAUAAUAAUAAACUACAAAACAAGUUUUUAUUUUGGCAAAAAGUAUCCUGUUGCAAUAAACAAACACCACAAAAUUUUCUGAAUUUAUGGUAUUUAAAAUCAAAGGGAAAAUAUUGAUAAAUAAAGGACUUUUAUUUUAAAGACUAGCAAACAAACCUUUUAACUAGGCUUUUCUUGCAUUGAAAAGGUAAAUUUGUAAAUGUAUAACUUAAAAUUUAUUUUUUAUUUUGUGUGAUAAUGUAGCGUUAAUUGGUAUUAAUGAUUUUAAGAAUUUCUACCCUAUAUGAUAAAAAUGGCUGAAUUAUUCAUAGUCCUUCUAUUGAUCUAAUCAUUUUAUUCCCAGUGUUUUGAAGGAGGAAUUAGAAUUGAAUUUUAGAUUUUCAUUUUUAUAUUUUAAUUCAUUUAGUAUAACAAAGGAAACAUUGUGAUUCCUAUCAAAUGUUUUAAUGCUUUACUAUCGUAUCUUAUGGUUUGCAGGAAGUUUACUUUUUACGUAAUACUGAAUUGAAAUCCAUUUGUUCAUGUGAUUAGAGACAUUUCCAUCAUCAUUUAUACAUGAAAGCUUUCCAAAGUAUAAUUUUUAUUAUAAAAUAGGGGAAAGGGUUUGAGGUAUUCCAAUACAUUAAUUUCUGUGUUAUUUUUAAUUUCUUAGGAGAGAGAUCACACGUUUGACAUAAGUUAUACUUUACACAUACACAAAAGUUUGAAAUGUUUACAUUUAUUUAUUGUGUAAUACUCAUUUGUCAUUAUAUAGUGCUGUUUUGUGUAUUAAAUGUUGUGAUUUAUUUGUGCGUAUUUAUGUGUAUUCAAAGAAAAAAAAAACCUGAACAGUGAAAUAUAUAUCUUUUGUUUAUACCUAAGAGACAGAUCUAGAAGAGGGUUAAGAUUUGAUAACCUUUGAAUAAAUAUAGAGAUCCAAGACUUUUAUUUAAAGAACUAUUAUUGAUUGAAUUUUGUUGGCUUAACUUCAAGUGGCAAAAACUCUGAAGCUUCAGUGUAAUAUAUUUUUCAAUUUUUUAGGAACAGGGUAUUAAAAGAGAAACAUUUAAUGUCCUGAAAUAACACCUUUAAACUCAUUUCUUAUAUACCUGUGUUUUACAAAUACCGUGGAUUCAUUUAUUCUUGUGGAUACCAAUUUUAGUGGAUUGAGGAAAAAUUGAACUUUUGUGGAUAUUUGAUUUAGUGGUUUUGCUAAAAUCUGCAUACAUACCUAUAGUAAAUUUUCAUUUUGUUGAACAUUUAAAUUAGUGCUUUAUCUAUUCCAUGAAGUCCAUGACAAUUGGUAUCCCAGGAAUAAUAAUGAAUCCAAAGUAUUCCAUAUUUCCUGUCAUCUCGAUUUCUCCUUGUUAUGUCUUGUAUUUUCAUUCAGAUUUGGUGUUGACUAUUUUUAUGACAAUAAAUUAUAAGAAAAUAAA